AUUGUGGUCUUAGACGUUCCAUUCCCAGGGUGGCGCCGCUCGGACUCCGCGUCCCAGCAUUCCCUGCACGAGCCCGGGAGCACUUCCGCCCUGUUGUGAAGUGGGUGUCUCGGUGGAGCCCUGGGGAGCAGUCCCUUUUCUAGGAGCCUCUUGAAGGACUCACCAUAGAUGCAGGAAGACAUCGGAUGAGGACGGCGUAGCUGAAGUGAGGCGUCUGGGGUAGACAAUGGCUGUGGCCCUGGAAUCGCAAGCCCAGGCAUCUCCGCAACCAGAGCCUGAAGAACUCCUGAUUGUGAAACUGGAAGAGGACUCGUGGGGAUCAGAAUCCAAACUCCGGGAGAAGGACCGUGACUCUGUCUCUGGCCCAGAGGCCUCCCGCCAGCGCUUCAGGCAAUUCCAAUACAGGGAUGCAGCUGGACCCCACGAGGCCUUCAGCCAGCUCUGGGCUCUCUGCUGUCGUUGGCUGAGGCCGGAGAUCCGUCUCAAAGAGCAGAUCCUGGAGCUGCUCGUGCUGGAGCAGUUCCUGACUAUCUUGCCUAGGGAGGUCCAGACCUGGGUGCAGGCACGCCACCCCGAGAGUGGUGAGGAGGCUGUGGCCCUGGUGGAGGACUGGCACCGAGAGACCAGGACUGCAGGACAGCCGGAACUGGAAUUGUAUACAGAAGAGACCAGGCCCUUAAAGACAGGGGAAGAAGCUCAGAGCUUCCAGCUGCAGCCAGUGGAUCCCUGGCCUGAGGGACAGUCCCAGAAGAAGGGGGAGAAGAAUACAUGCCCUGACCUUCCCAAUCAUCUAAAUGCCAAGAUGGCACCACAGCCUUUGAAAGAGAGUGCUGUCCUCACUCCCCGAGUCCCUACUCUCCCAAAGAUGGGGAGCGUUGGAGAUUGGGAGGUGACAGCUGAGUCCCAGGAAGCCCUGGGCCCUGGCAAACAUGCUGAGAAGGAGCUCUGUAAAGACCCCCCAGGAGACGACUGUGGGAACAGCGUGUGCCUGGGAGUUCCAGUUUCAAAACCAAGUAUCACCUCCGAGAAAGAGCAAGGACCAGAAUUUUGGGGUCUAAGUCUUAUAAAUUCUGGGAAAAGGAGCACUGCAGAUUACAGCCUGGAUAAUGAGCCAGCUCAGGCAUUGACCUGGAGGGAUUCAAGAGCCUGGGAAGAACAAUACCAGUGGGAUGUGGAGGACAUGAAGGUGUCAGGUGUUCACUGGGGCUAUGAGGAGACCAAGACUUUCCUGGCAAUUUUGAGCGAAUCUACUUUCUCUGAAAAGCUCCGGACUUGUCACCAGAACCGCCAGGUAUAUCGGGCCAUUGCAGAGCGGCUAAGGGCAAGGGGCUUCCUGCGGACACUGGAGCAAUGUCGCUAUAGGGUCAAAAACCUCCUACGGAAUUACCGGAAAGCCAAGAGCAGCCACCCACCAGGUACCUGCCCCUUCUAUGAGGAGCUGGAGGCCCUGGUCAGGGCUCGGACAGCCAUCAGAGCCACAGAUGGCCCAGGAGAGGCCGUGGCACUCCCAAGGCUCGGGGACAGUGACGCAGAGAUGGAUGAGCAGGAGGAAGGGGGCUGGGAGCCUGAAGAAAUGGCAGAAGGCUGUAACGGUGCUGGCCUGGUCAACGAUGAGUCUACCCGGGGGCCCAGGAUUGCAGGGGCCCCAGCUCUGUUCCAGAGUCGUAUUGGUGUGCACUGGGGCUACGAGGAGACCAAGGCCUUCCUGGCAAUUCUCAGUGAGUCCCCAUUCUCAGAAAAGCUUCGCACCUGUCACCAGAACAGCCAGGUGUACCGGGCCAUUGCAGAGCGGCUGUGUGCUCUGGGCUUUCUGCGGACACUGGAGCAGUGUCGCUACAGAUUCAAAAACCUCCUUCGAAGCUACCGGAAGGCCAAGAGCAGCCACCCACCAGGGACGUGCCCUUUCUAUGAGGAACUGGACUCGCUGAUGAGGGCUCGGACUGCAGUCAGGACCAUGGGGACUGUCGGGGAGGCUACAGGUCUCCCUAGGUGUGGGCAGAAAAGUGCUGAGACUGAUGCCCAGGAGGCCUGGGGUGAAGUGGCCAGUGAAGAUGCUGUCAAACCUCCAGCCUUGUGUCCUAAAGCCCCAGACAUGGAUUUUGAAAUGAGGCAUGAGGAUGAAGACCAGAUUUCAGAGCAGGACAUUUUUGAGGAUUUGCCUGGAGCCUUAUCAAAAUGUCCUACAGAAGCUGUUUGCCAACCUCUUGACUGGGGAGAAGACAGUGAAAAUGAAAAUGAAGAUGAAGGGCAGUGGGGAAAUCCCUCACAGGAACAGUGGCAAGAAAGUUCUUCUGAAGAGGACUUAGAAAAACUUAUUGACCAUCAAGGCCUGUACCUUGCGGAGAAACCCUACAAGUGUGACACAUGCAUGAAGAGCUUCAGUCGGAGCUCCCACUUCAUUGCCCACCAGCGAAUCCACACAGGUGAGAAGCCCUACAAAUGCCUUGAAUGUGGAAAAAACUUUAGUGACCGCUCUAACCUCAAUACACAUCAGAGAAUCCACACUGGAGAGAAGCCCUAUAAAUGCCUUGAAUGUGGGAAAAGCUUUAGUGACCAUUCUAAUCUCAUCACUCACCAGAGAAUCCACACGGGGGAAAAGCCCUAUAAAUGUGGAGAAUGUUGGAAAAGCUUCAACCAGAGCUCAAACCUUCUGAAGCAUCAGAGAAUCCACUUGGGAGGAAAUCCUGACCAGUGUAGUGAGCCCGGGGGAAACUUUGCCCAAAGUCCGUCUUUUAGUGCUCACUGGAGGAAUUCUACAGAGGAGACGGCUCCUGAACAACCUCAAAGUAUCAGUAAGGACUUGAAUUCUCCUGGACCACACAGCACGAACUCAGGGGAGAAACUUUAUCAGUGUUCUGAAUGUGGAAGAAGCUUCUCUAAGAGCUCUGCCCUCAUUAGUCACCAAAGAAUCCAUACGGGAGAGAAACCAUAUGAAUGUGCCGAAUGUGGGAAAAGCUUCAGUAAGAGCUCCACCCUGGCCAACCACCAGCGCACCCACACUGGAGAGAAGCCAUAUAAAUGUGUGGACUGUGGGAAGUGCUUCAGUGAGCGCUCCAAGCUCAUCACACACCAGAGGGUGCACACAGGAGAGAAGCCCUACAAAUGCCUUGAGUGUGGAAAAUUCUUCCGUGACCGUUCUAACCUCAUUACUCACCAGAGGAUUCAUACAGGAGAGAAGCCGUAUAAGUGCAGAGAGUGUGGGAAAUGCUUUAACCAGAGCUCCAGUCUUAUUAUUCACCAGAGAAUCCACACAGGGGAGAAACCCUACAAGUGCACACAGUGUGGCAAAGACUUCAACAACAGUUCCCACUUCAGUGCUCACCGGAGAACCCACACAGGAGGGAAGGCAUCGUAGGGGACGGUUUCCUCAACAACAAAAGAGGACUCAAUGUAUAUAUCUUAUAUCAUAAGAUGUAUGCUAGAGAGAAACUUUCCAAUUUUUAAGCUUGGUGUGUACCCAGGGAAGUUAUCUUGGUAUAAACCAGGUAAUUUGGAAGUGAAUUACAAAUACUACGGAUCCAGAUUUGAAGGCACUUUUAAGUGUAAUUUGUUUUUCUUCUGUAAAGACCCACACAGAAUCCUCA